AUGAAACUUCGUGGCGUGUUUCGAGCGACCAAACUGCCGUCUGGACAGCAUACCAUUGGCACCAAGUGGGUAUUCAAGAUCAAACGGAAAGCUGAUGGAUCCAUCGAGAAAUACAAGGCGCGCCUCGUGGCAAAAGGGUUCAAGCAGAAAUAUGGCAUCGACUACAAGGAGACGUUUUCGCCGGUAGUCAAGUACGUGACGCUGCGCAUGGUGGUUGCAAUCACGAAGUACUUUGGCUGGACACUGGACCAACUGGACGUGGUGACAGCUUUCCUUUACGGAGAAAUGAAGGAAAAGGUAUUCUGCUCGAUCCCAGAAGGAGUCGAAGUUGAUGAAGACUUUGACUGCUUUGAACUGGUCAAGGCGAUCUACGGACUAAAACAAGCAUCGCGCGUAUGGAACGAGACUUUUCAUGAGUUCGUCUGCUCCAUUGGAUUUCAAGUCUCCGAUUUUGACCCGUGUCUUUAUCUCAAGAUUACAAGUGGCGAGUGCGUGCUUUUGCUGGUAUACGUCGAUGAUGUGUUGGUGACUGGCAGAUCAACCGAACUGAUUAUGCGCACCAAGAGUGACUUAAAGGCGCGUUUCGAAAUGACCGACAGUGGGAAGCGCGCAUUCGUGUUGGGCAUCGAGCUGGUAGACAACGACAACGGUAGCGUGACGAUGUGCCAACGACGCUACGUGGAAGAUGUUCUCAAGCGUUUUGGCACGAGCGACUGCAAAGCCGUCACCAGCCCAACAGACAUCAGUUCUCGACUCAUACCAAGCACCGCAACAACCAAAAUCCAUGCCCCGUUUCGUGAAGCAGUAGGCGCUCUGAUGCACUUGAUGACCGCGACACGACCGGACAUUGCCUUUGCUGUGAGUUACGUUUCGCGCUUCAUGGAGAACCCCCAAGUCGAGCAUUGGAUGGCGGUCAAGCGCAUUUUGCGAUACUUACAAGGGACUAAGUCGCACGGUAUCUGCUUCAAGCCUGAUGACAAGAUAGACUUUUGUGGCUACUCGGAUGCAGACUGGGCCGGCGACCAUGCAGACCGCAAGUCGACUUCAGGAUAUGCGUUUAUCCUGAUGGGUGCUCCGGUGAGCUGGGGAAGCAAAAAGCAGUCAAGUGUGUUGCUGUCAACAAGUGAAGCUGAGUACAUUGCACUAAGUCUGGCGAUUCAAGAAGGCAAGUGGGUGCAUCGAUUGCUGUGCGAGAUCCUGGAUGCCGCAGAGGGAAAUUCUGGACCCGAGCUCAAGAACAUGGACGACAACCAGUCGUGCAUCAAGAUGACGAAGAAUCCGGUGAACCAUGGUCGAGCCAAGCACAUCGACAUCAAGUACCAUCACAUUCGUGAUGAAGUCAAGCGUGGUGAUGUCAAGUUGGAGUACUGUGAGACUACGACUAUGUUGGCGGACAUCAUGACGAAGGGACUGCCAGGACCGCGUCACAAGGACUUGACGGCAGCGCUCAGCAUACACGCGUGUUCGCAUUGA